ACUAAAAACGCGUACCAAGUAAAAACAACAGUAUUUUCUGCUCGUUUUUUAAGAUACGUCGAUGCUUAAAAGAACUACACAAAAAGUCCUCUUUACGAACUUUUAGGUUUUAUACCGCCACCUAUCGCUGUGGAGUAUGAAAGCGACACUUUCUGUUUCCUGAUGUAAACAGCUCAGUCAUUUUCUAUGUUGAAGUCGUGCUAGUCUUCUGCGUUACACUUCACUGUAAUAUUAACUGGUUUUAUUUAGGAAAAACUAAAUUAAAGUCGCGCUCACUGAUGGAUUCUCAGACCUACAACGUGAAACUCUAUAUUUAUGACUUGUCAAAGGGACUUGCUCGCCAGCUGAGCCCGAUGCUCUUAGGAAAACAACUCGAAGGAGUUUGGCACACGUCCAUAAUAAUACAUGAAGCAGAGUAUUUCUUUGGGGGACAAGGGAUAACACACUGCCCACCGGGCGGUACACUGUUGGGAGAGCCUGAUGCCAUAGUGGAUAUGGGAAACACAGAAGUUCCAAAAGACUUAUUUACAGAAUAUAUUUCAUCCCUUCAGGAGUCUGCAUACAGCCCAGAGACCUACCACAUUUUUGACCACAACUGUAACACUUUCAGUAGUGAAGUGGCCCAGUUUUUAACAGGGAGAAAAAUUCCAUCAUAUAUUACUGACCUGCCAGCUGAUGUGCUGUCCACGCCUUUUGGACAAACACUGCGUCCUCUGAUUGAAUCUGUCACCAUUGUCCCGCCUACAGACAACUCUUUUAAUGGACAUUAUGGACAGAGGUAGACUGUGUUGUAAAGAACAGUGUCACAUUAAACUAAUGGUUCAAGCUCAGAUUAGGAAAUGAAGGUUUUUCGGAGGUUGGUUUAUCAGGCAGUAUACAUGACGUAUAUAAAAUUAACAGCCCGUCGCACUACAGGUUUAUUUUCUGCCACUACAGUUUAAUGUAGCUAACAAUUGAGGGAUGCUUCUAUCUGCCUGUCUAAAUGACAUCUUAAUCAUCACACAUUUGUUUCAAAAAUACAUUUAGAAACCAACAGAUCAAGUCUAUUAAUCAGCACAUAAACAUGAACAAAUAAGUUUGUAAGAUCUGUUAAACAAUGUGCCUUACAAUUAAUAGAUUCUUCCUGGAUCUUGAAGUCUGCUUUCGUGUUGUCUAGACUUUAAUUCGAUCUGCGCGGUACCAUCUGAAAUUCACCCGAGCUUGUACAAAAGCAAUACCAAAAUACAUGCUGAAGUGAUUCUUGCGUUAUGGCAGUUAUUUCUGUUUUGUGCAGAACACAUCUCGUAUAUUAUUACUGUAUGGCACUUAAUAGUUCACUGUAUAAUAGUGAACCAUAUUACACUGUGCAUCAUGCAGUGUUAAAAACUUAAUGGAGAUUCUAUUGAUUUAUACUUCUGAAUGUGUGAUGAACAAAAUGCAGUUUGAGAAUGAUGCUGAAUUAAAGGCUGUAAGCUUCCCUUACUUGGUAGCAACAUUGAACUAAUAACUCCAGUGUAGAUGCCAAACAUAUUUUACAUGGAAUUACACUUUUAUUUCCAAUCGAUCACUUUAAUACAUUGGUCUUAGAUGGAUAGAUAGAAACUUUAAGGAACAUCGCAGCAUAAAUGGUAAAAUAUAUUAAUGAGAACUUGAGCUGUAAAAUUGUGCAAAACAAAAUGAUCAGUAAUGAAGCUUCAGAAUAACAUAUUGAGUAAUAGAGUGCAGAUAAUAUAUUGCAAAAUAUUUUGGUCUUACAUACACCGAUUCUUUCACAAAAUGCUUGGCACAUCAGUUACUGAAAAAAAACAACAGAAUAUACAGUGCCUUGCAAAAGUAUUCAUACCCACUGAAUUUUUUCACAUUUUGACACGUUACAACCUCAAACAAAAAUGUAUUUUAUUAGGAUUUUAUGUGAUAGACCAACACAAAGUGGCACAUAAUUGUAAAGUGGAAAGAAAAUGAUAAAUGGUGUCCAACCUUUUUUUUUUUUGCAAAUAAAUAUCUGAAAAGUUUGGAGUGCAUUUGUAUUCAGCCCCACUGAGUCAAUACUUUGUAGAACCACCUUUAGCUGCAAUUACAGUUGCAAGUCUUUUGGGGUAUGUCUCUACCCACUUUACACAUCUAGAGUAACAUUUUUGCCCAUUCUGCAAAGAAGCAAAAUAGCUCAAGCUCAGUCAGAUUGUAUGGUGAGCGUCUGUCAGCAGCGAUUUUCAAGUCUUUGUGAUUUAUCAAAUUAUGUGCUACUUUGUGUUGGUCUAUCACAUAAAAUCCUAAUAAAAUACAUUUUUGUUUGUGGUUGUAAAGUGUCAAAAUGUUGGUAUGAAAAAAUGUUCAGUGGGUAUGAAUACUUUUGCAAAGCACUGUAUCACACAAACAAAUUGCUUUAAAAUGUCUGUAAAAUAUUCUAUAUCCAAAGUGGGACUAUGUUUGUACUGAUACCAAAUAUCUUAAGAUAUAAAUGUCUUUUCUGUAAGUGGUGUAUCACAAAGGCAACUUCCAUUCACUUCUCAUCUAUUAGUCUCUGGUGCUGUAUGGCACAUGUGCUGGUGAGUUCAGCUGAUCUAUUUUACAUUUUCCACAUUCUUUUUUUUUUGUCAUUAUUUGGUAUCAUGUCUAUCUUUUUAUAAUCUGUCAAAAUUAGAUUUAUUGAUAUUCAGUUUUGUUUCUUAAAUAUCCACAAAUUUUCCGUCUUUAGCAGCGAAGUUAUCGGUUUGAGCUCAGUAUAUUAAGCUUAACUAAUAGGGUUUUUUUAAUACUUGGAAGGAGCAACAUUCAGAGAAUAUAUUUUUAAUAUAUAAUUUCAGAUUUUACCUCCAAGUCUGUAUGUAUACCUAUAUACUUAAUGGGAGAAACUUGUGAGAGAAUGACUUCUUUAUUAUAUACUUGAAGGUUCUUAUGUUGAUCUAAUUUAAACUGAAUUAUUGGUUAUGUUACUUGUCAAAUUGGUGUAAUAAUUGUGUAUUCAAAUAAUAAAGCAUAUCUUGU